CAUUUGUCCAGCUCUUAGUCACGAUGGUCUCUCAUUGAUUCUGACUUUUAAAAAAUAGCAUGGCACAAAUCUCCUUCACAUUCCUUCUGGAAACUUCUCUCUCCUAAAACAGCCCUUUGCAGCUGGUGGCUGGUUUUACUGUCAGUUUGCUCCCACUUCUGCACUUGGUUUGCUGCAUUCACCUGCUGACUUUUACUGUACACCGAGAUGAUGUUGUGGAGGCAGCAAGUGCCUUUUCAAAGGGAGAACAGGCCCUCGCAGAACAGCAGCACUGCAGCCCCUGCAGUAAACAGCGUUCGCAGGUAACAGCACUGCAUUCCAACAAAACACCCUUGGAGUCCCUGGGAUACCAUCAGAAAGUCCUGUCACAGCAGGGUGAUGGAGAUGUCAGGAUGGCUGCUCCAAGGGGAGUCACGCUGGAGAAGCCCCGUGAUCUCCUGUGAUGAACUGACUGGCCUGUGAUGGGAGAGUGUGAGUAAUGUCCACCUGGAUUUCAGCAGAGCCGCUGCCUCCCAGAUGAACCUCACAGGACCUUUGUCAGAACUGAAGAGACUGAGACAAGCUGCUCCUGGUCAGCCCGGAGAAAGGCUUGGUGGGGGGUCUUACCAACCUGAAAGAAGGGUGCAAAGACAAAGCCAGACCCUUUCCAGCAGUGACAGAGCAAGAGCCAACAGGCACAAAUUGGAACAAGGGUUUCCCUCUGAAUACCAGGGAACAUUUUUUCAGUGAGGGUGACCAAGUACUGGCACAGGUUGCCCCAGAGACGUUGUGGAGACUCCAUCCUUGGAGACAGUAAAGAAAUGUCAGAAGUCAUCGUGGAAACAUUUCAGGCUUUCUCCAGGCAGGUUCGUACCUGGCAACACCAUCUACUCCUAACUCUCAAACUUCAGCUGUUGUCUUAGGCCAGCCUUACACUGUCCUCACUCACAUCAACAGUCCUGGUAAAGUCCAUGGAAACAGCAAAUUUAAGCAACAGGAGGCAUUAGAUGAGAUGUCAGAAAAACAGCCUCACCUUCAUUACUGACCUGCUGCAUGACCUCAGGUAGCAUUAUUCUCUUUCCAUGCCUGUUUAACAUUCAAUGUUCUUUUGGCCAUAAAAGGUAUCUCUACAGAUGAAAAGGCUCUUCCUAUGUAAGAAGAGCUAUUUGCCAUUGCGUAAGUAAUGUGAGCAGUUAAGUGUCAGAAGAGCUUUAGAUAAAUAGGAAAGAAAUGUAAAAACACCAAAGACUUCCAGGUAAGUCAAAACCAAGGCAGAACACAAUCAGAAUUCCAACAUGUGUGUUAUGCAAGAUAUUUCUCUGCAGUUUGUUUCUGGAAACCUAAGUGUGCAAAUUGAUUGAAUACUUUUAGAAAAGACUUUAUAAAAAUCUUGUAUACGUUACUUGUCAAAAGGACGCAUAAAAAUCAUAACAAUGAUUUGCACUUCAAUGAAAGCUGAGAUAGACAGUACUGCAUCCUGUAAUUUCAGUAUAAUGGAGUGAAUCCUUAAAGUAAUUUCAGUGCAAUUACCUUUAAAAAAUGUUUUAUCAAGACAUAGGGGGAAAAGCCCAACCACCAGUCAAAGUCAGAUUUUCUCCUCAGAUUUCCAGGGAGGAAAUCUGAUGCUUUUAGUUUUGCUUGUUGGAGUUUUGGAACAAACUACAUUGAGAUCAUAUUUUGAUUUUUGAAUUCGAAGUAAAACAGAAUGAACUUACUGCUCUUCAGUUAAUCACCAAACUUUUCUAGUGCUUUCAGUGAUGAAUAAAAAUGAGUCUCUCUUCAUUUCCUUUGCAGUUAAACAUAUUUACUUCUCUAGAAAUACACUGUAAAUAAACAAAUGUAAUUUUCAUAUCCAUGCCUACCCUUGUAUUGGAAUUACUCUGCCAGUUGUUAAAUACUGAUUUUUUUUUUCUCUAAAGGUUUUCCCUACACAUAGGUAAGCAAGCUCAUGUAAGAAGUGUUAGUUGCAUGUAUGCAGGUAUACAUUCAUACAAGGCCUUUUGUUAUUUAUGCCACAUUAAGUUCUUAAUUUUUUGUGUGAAAUCUCCUGAUUUACUUUCCUUCUGUCAAACAUUUCUUUUGUUGUAGAGCUGAUACUGUCUGCUCAGGCAGAGGAUUGUACAAAAGACUGUCACAAAUAAAAAAGUGACAGCCAUACUCUAACCUUCUACAAAUGUUGUAUUUAUAUUCAAGUAUUUUUUAAAGUUUUUAAUGUAUUUCUUGAAGUCUAGAGGGUGAGAACACUUUUUUUUUCUUCUUCCCUUCAUACUCUUUUCUCAAAAUAUGACGGUGUUUGCAGGAGCAAUUUGUACAGUUAAACCUUCUCUUUUUUUUUUUUUCUGUUUUCUCUUCUCUGGGGAACCUCUUUGCUUUCUAUGGAAGGCAGAUCUUUUAUAGCCCCUAGGAGGGUGUAGGUGAGAUGAGCAGGAUGAUGGAGGUGGUGGAGGUGCCACCAGAGGGGUAUUCCCUGAUCAAAGCCGUGUACCAGAGACGCCUCCGCCUCACCAGGCUGUUGAUCGAUGGGGGUGCCUACGUCAAUGAGAGCAACAGCAGAGGGGAGACCCCCCUCAUGGUUGCUUGUAUGACUGAACACGUGGACUUGCAGAGUGCCAGCAAGGCCAAGAUGGUUAAGUACCUGCUGGACAACAAGGCUGAUCCGAACAUCCAGGACAAAUCUGGGAAGACGGCCCUGAUGCAUGCAUGCUUGGGCAGAGCGGGCCCAGAGGUGGUGUCUCUACUGCUCAUGAGUGGGGCUGACCCAAGCCUGCCUGACCACUCCAACUGCUCUGCUCUCGUGUACGCAAUAAACUCUGCAGACAGAGAGACCCUAGAGGUUCUGCUCAACGCUUGUAAGGCACGAGGGAAAGACGUGAUCAUCAUCACCAUGGACAGAUCUGCAUCGGGGAGGCAGGAAACUAGGCAGUACCUGAACAUGCCUCCCCCAGAGCUCGGGGAGUGUCAGUACCCAACUGCCUGCACCUCCCCAUCGGAAAUAGAACCCAGUGAGACUCCAGAGGGACCAUUCAGCUUCAGAGAGCUGUAUCCUCCACGGGAGGAGGACAGCUUAUCUCAAACAGGGUCACUGAUGAUGAAACCCAGCCCGAUACAGGCCCGGUUCAAGCUGACCCAUGUGCAGCAGCUGGAGCGUGAGCCUUGGGUAAAGUGCUGCCCAGCAGUGUUUCACCAGAGGAAAAUUGCUUCUUCACAGGAACUUCAGAGUAUCAAUCCCAUAGAAAAGCUCUCUUGUAAAGUCAGUGGCCUUGGCUUAUCAAAGAGAGUCAACACCAGUCCCCAAAGUAUUGACAGGAAAGACACUGCUCAUGUAUUCAAAACCUCGGAUGAAACUGGGUCCAGGAAACCACCACCUGACAAGAUAAACUAUCAGACUCCUUUCGUUGAAGAGAAACAUAACCCCAGUGUGAUUCCCAUGGGUCAGAGUGUCAGUCUGGGACAAAUCAGCUUAAUUUCAAACCUCAGCGGUUUUUUCAGGAACAAAAAUGCAAAACCAGAUCACAACAGUUCUGAUUCUCAGUUAAUUGCUGGUCUAAGUCCUGCUGCUGCUGCAGAAGACAGUAAGUCAGCAAUAGGAAAGAAAGAGAUUAUUUCUCCAUCUCACUCCUUGUUACCAAGUUCUAGAGAAGUUCUGGAGAAAAUGCCUUCUGUUACUGUGAAAGGCAGAAAUCAGGCUUUCCCAGAAGGACAAGGGUCAGGAGCCUUAGCAUUGGAUCAGACAAGGCCAGAUUUUCUGCCACCCCUGAGUGUGAACCCUUGCCCCCCAGUUCAGGAGAUCACUGUCAUAAACACAGUUUCUGGGAUGAUUUCUUGUGGGCAAACACAGUUAGGGCCAGCAGCACCUGCUUUUCCUAGGAUGACCAAAAACACCAAUCUGCUGCGCAGGAGGCCGUAUGAGCAGAUUACAGUCUGAGCAGGUUAAGCAAUUACUGAAUCUUUAAUGGGGGAUAAGGGGCUACAAACUCUUUGAUAUGUAAAUAUUCACUGCACUCCCUGAUUGUAAUGGUGCAUAUCACAAAGUAGAGCGGGUCUGUGAUGUAAAGCUCUGUGCCUUGGGAUGAGUCGAACAGCUUAAAGACUACAUGAAGACAUAAUUAACGAAUGAGGCUGCUUUCUGCAAACUGAGGAAUAUUUAUUUUCCUGGUUUUCUAAGAUUUUCAACUUACCUGUGACAGACUGAACCCACAAUGCCUCUUAAGCACUGCAGUUGUAAUUGUACGUUGUAAAUAUGACUCCGAGAUUUUCCCAAACAUGUACUCUUUUUGCACCAACAGAGGUCGUACACAUGGAGUUUGGGAACCUGAAACAGUUGACUGUGAUGCUGGACACCAGCCUGACUGUCCAGGUUGUACAAUACCCAAAAAACUCACACACAUCAGUGUGCAGGGGCAGGUGUACACAGGCAAUGUCUCCUGCUUCUAUGACUUCACUCCAUGUAAACAGUUAAUAAAAGUCAUGUUGCAGAGCUGUGCUGCCCAGGGAAUUCCAGCUAAAGACUGGGAGCACGUUUCAGAUGCCUAGCUGGCCCUGGGGCAGGUGGUGCACAGCUCUGGAGUGCUGCAGGCCAGUACACAAAGCCUGCCAGCCCUGGCAGGAGCCCACAGGGAGCACAAUGAGCCCUGAGUGUGACACAAACAAACUGCUCACACUGUCAACGAGGUGUCUCAGCCACCUGGGGCUGCUCAAGGUUCUGACCUGCUGGAAUCUGCUCCUCAGAAAAGGAAGGGUGGGGGAGGCAGAGCCUAUAUCUAAACAAGAGUCUAUCACUGUCUGCAGUUCUGGACUCCCCCCAAAAGAGAUCUCCAGGUCAUGCAGGAGCUCUUUGGCCCCAGUCACAGCCCUUUUCACCAGGGUACAGAUGGUGGGGCACAUCAAGUGUUCUUCAGCAAGGACACUUCACACAUAGGCUUGGGAGCAGGGAAAAGCUCUGUCCUCCUGCUCAGACAGACCUAAAAAAAGACAAUCCAGGUGUGGGGAGGCCUUGGCACAAGUUGCCCAGAAUAUCCAUCCCUGGAACUGUCCAGGGCCAGGUUGGACAGGGUUCAGAGCAACCUGGUCUACUGGAAGGUGUCUCUACCUAUGGCAAGGGGGUUGGAACGAGAUGGGCUUUAAGGCCCCUUCCAACCCAAAUUGUUCUGUGGUUUUAAUGACAAAACUCACCUGGGAGAUGGAAAUUCACAUUUUGCCUAUUUUGAAGCAGAGGACUGAAUGUCUUAGGGGUAGAAAACACUCCUCUGCAGACUCUAAGCUACUGCAUAUUUUUUAUCAUCUCUAUCUAAAAAUCCAUCUUUCUUUGCUUUCCUUUAGUGUUCUACAAUUCCAAACAUGGUUCUGUCUUUGUGUGCAUACCAUAGAUACUGGACUGCAUUUAGCAUUUUAGAUCUCAUCUUCUAAAUAUUGAGAAAAAGUGAAUGUGUUCUAUGUUGUCAUAGUUUACAGAAAGUAGUUGUACUGAAAUUGUGUCUGUGUAAUGUGAAUUUCAGUAUACUGAAAUACUUUUUUUCUGAAAAUGCUCAGUCAGUACUAUGUCUGCUUGCAGCUUCAGUCAAAGUUCACCGAAUCUGACAUUGCCUAACAAAUAACUGUGAUGUUAUUUAGCUUUGCACUUAGUAUAUGAUAAUUUAAAGGGGAUGAUAAACAUGAAACAAUUUAAAGGGGAUGAUAAAAACAAUUUAAAGGGGAUGAUAAACAUAAACAAUUCAAAGGGGAUGAUAAACACACUCUGUGUAAAUAUCUUUUUCGGAGUAUUUGUUGCCAUUCAGGUUCUGCCUUUUCCUUCAGAUGUUGUCGGAUCAGCCCCUGUGUACAUCAGAUAGAAGCAGGGAUUAUGUGGAAAUCUUUUUAUGACAGAGAAAUUACAUGGAACAGAGUAUGUCAGUAUUAACUGGGUACAAAUUGGUCCCUACACACAAUAUAUUUUUCAAAUGUUUUCAUGGCAUUAAAAAUGGAAAUGGCAAUUUGUCAUUUCUUCAUCUCAUAAUGAAAUUAAAUAUUUGCAAUGGAAAAUGGAUCUUUAAAAACAUACAAGUCCUUUUUUAGAAGAAAACUACCAUCACCAGGUGUUCUAACUGGUAUCUGUGCUGAGGGUAUAAAACCCAAUUGAUGCUGUUUUGAUUUUAAAAUUAAUUAUGUAUAUGAGGAUAUUUCUCCCUUAACUGAAAGAGUAAUUUUUCCACAAAAUACUUGGACAAUGGAGGAAAAUGGCAAGUGUCUUGAAAAGGGAAGUUUUUCAGUGGUGUUACCAGUAUUUUGUGAUUAAUUGUGGUGCAGAAAUAAUGUGAAGGGUUAAUAUUACUGUUUGUUUUUGCAUUACUGUUACAAGUGACCUUCAAAGAAAAGAAGCUUUGUUCUCUUGAUGUUGUUAUGAUGAAUAAAUAAAAG